AUGGAAGGCUCCGCUGCCAACAUCGUCUUCCGCCAGCUGUGGAACAACUUGGUGGAUUUGCCCGCCAACUUGCUGUCGUUGCUUUAUAACGCCAAUGUUUCGCCUCAAGAGGUGGUGGUCGAACUCGUCACUCAGGCUCAAAACAAGUGCUAUGUGGGCUGGUCUGGAAUGAGCGCUGGAGGUGCCCGGAACUUGGGCAUAGACUCGAUUUUGGCGCAGUCGUUGCGCUUGGCCGAAAAGCAGCUUGUCACUGUGAACGUCAAGAUCAGAAACUUCAAGGCUUCCUCCAUUUUCUUGGAGCCUGAACACUCUUCGGACUGGGAGCUCGUGGAGCUCCACGCGGCGUACAUCGAAUCAAAGUUGAUUGAACAGUCGAGAUGUGUGGCUGUCGGUCAGGUUUUGGUGGUCUACCCGACGAAAACAUCGUCCGUGAAACUUCAAGUUAAGGAUAUUGGCUCGACAGAGCACACCUACGCUAUUAUAGACCCUUACGCUGAGAUCAGCAUUGCCCCAAAGUUGAGAGAGAAAAAGAGAUCCUCAUCCCAGUCGGUGAAGUCAGGCAGGUCGUCAAGACUGACCGUGGAUGAGGUUUCCUUGGGUCCCACGGUGUUGAAGAGAGGUAUUUCUCUUCCGAAUCAGCUAUUUAAGGAAAGCGAUGACGGAUACACUCUCUUCGUCAACUUUGAGGAAGUGCUUCAUGCUUUCAACCGUGCUGAAUACGUCACCGUCUCUGUCCUUCCAGGUCCAGACACAAAAUUCAACGCUGCUCCUGCUGACGAGCAGCCGCUGGACGAGAAGAAAAAAGACAAACAAAGUGUCAAGGCCACCGAAAACAAAACAAUCGUUGCCAAGUUGGUCAACUCGCCCAAAUGCCCUGCCAACACUGUGGGGCUCAGUCAAAAAUUGGCCUGUGCUCUCAAUGUGGAGCACAAAAUCGGUUUCAAGGUUGCCGUCAGGCUGGCCCCAAAGCACGUUGCCAAGCGUCCGUCCACUAUAAUAAUCCACCCUUACAUCACUCAAACCAAAAAGACAGAUUCCAUCCAGCUCAACUCAUCUACGAAAGCACAAAAGAAUCAGGCACUUGCACAAAACAUCACCAAGAUCUUGUUUGACCCAGAAUUCAAGAAGAACAGUGAUACGCAUGCAUGGAUCAAACCAUACGAGCUCAAAGGUUCAAGAACGCCACCAAAGCUAGAGCUUGGCGAGGAAGUGUUGCGGAGCGCGUCAUUCUUGGAAAUUGAGGAGCCUGAAGCUCUUGAAGAGGUUUACGGCUCAAACGAUGUCAUCGAAGAAAUUGUGGACUAUGUGACGACCUUCCCUAACUCGGGCAUUAUGCUUCACGGCACUUCUGGUAGUGGUAAAACGUUACUACUCAAAUGGAUUGCUCGAAAGCUUGGCCAGGACCACGGAGUUCACACCAAACUCGUGUCUUGCGAGAGCUUUAUGAACGAAAACUAUGAUCAACUUAGUGCAAACUUUACAAAAUGGAUUCAGGACUGUUCAUGGAAUGACCCCGCUGUCUUGAUCUUAGAUAACCUUGACAAGGUCUUAUCAGCUGAGGUCGAGCAGGGCGACUCUACCUUAUCCAACCAACUUUCCGAGUUCCUCAUCACCCAAAUCCAAAAAAUUCACUCUCAAAACAAUACCAAUCUUUCCUUGAUCGUGUCGGGUAUCUCCAAAGAGGCCUUCAAUAAGCUUCUUGGUAUGAUGCACCUCAUCGAAUCUUACCACCAUUUGAGCCCACCACAAAAAGCUGCUCGUGCUACCAUUUUGGAAGAAUAUUUGAUCAAGAAGCUUGGCUGCAAAGUUACGUUUGACCUUAUGGACAUUGUCUCUGAGACAGAGGGUUACCUACCUAACGAUUUGAAGCUCUUGAGUGAUCGUAUCUUCCAUGAAAGCUUGUUCAAUGCUGCGUCUUCUGAGCAAAAGGACCAGUACACAGUUGAUAAAGCUUCUUUUGAGAAGGCCCUUCUGGGUUUCAUGCCUUCCAACUUGAGAGGCGUGAAGUUGCAGAAAUCCUCAACCAGUUGGGCAGACAUUGGUGGCUUAACCGAAGCGAAGCGUGUGCUUUUAGAGACUUUAGAGUGGCCCACAAAAUAUGCACCUAUUUUUGCCAACUGUCCCUUGCGUUUGAGAUCUGGUAUCUUACUUUACGGUUAUCCUGGUUGUGGUAAGACAUUACUUGCCAGUGCAAUUGCAGGCCAAUGUGGACUUAAUUUCAUCUCCAUCAAGGGUCCCGAAAUCUUAAACAAGUACAUCGGUGCUUCUGAACAGUCGGUUAGAGAGCUCUUCGAGCGUGCUCAGUCAGCCAAACCAUGCAUUCUUUUCUUUGACGAGUUCGAUUCCAUUGCUCCAAAGAGAGGUCAUGACUCUACUGGUGUCACGGAUAGAGUUGUUAACCAGAUGUUGACACAAAUGGAUGGUGCUGAAGGUCUCGAUGGUGUUUACGUCUUGGCUGCUACAAGUAGACCGGAUUUGAUUGAUUCGGCGUUGUUACGUCCAGGUCGUCUUGAUAAGAGUAUCAUUUGCGACAUGCCAAACUUCGAUGACAGACUCGACAUUUUGAAAUGUAUUAGUGCAAAGAUGGACUUGAGCAAAGAUGUGAAUCUUGAAGACAUUGCCGAAAAGACAGGUGGUUUCAGUGGUGCUGAUAUGCAAGGUUUGGGCUACAAUGCCUACCUUAAGGCUGUCCACGAGAAGUUGGCUGCUAAUGAGGCUCUCACUGUUGACACAAGCAAAGACGAAAAAUCCUUCGACUUUUUCCAGGUUAACUCCGAGAAGCUCAAAAAUCAAAAAAUUAGACCUGCUGAAAAGGUCAAGGUCCUUCAGCAGAUCGAAAAAUUGUUCGAAGAGGAGACCAACGCUAAGAAGACUGAUAAGACGUCAGAGAGCAAGGAGAACUCUAAAGUUGUUCUCACUCAACAACAUUUCAUCGAGAGUUUGAAGGAAACAAAGCCCUCGAUUUCUGCUUCCGAGAAGAAGAAACUCCAGCGUGUCUACACUCAGUUCUUGACUGGAAGAGACGGUACGAUGCCUGAUGGAAGUGCCAGUAACGAAGUUGGUGGCCGUACCACGCUCAUGUAA